GCACCAUGCGCGCUGCCCGGUGGCUCGGGCUGGGGCUGCUCCUCUGGCUCUGCCGCCCCGCCGAGCCCUGGUACCGGCCGCCGGCCGGACCCCCCCAGUACUCGGUGGGCAGAGCCUCGGGGCUGCUCUCCGGGCUCCGCCGCCCGCCCCACACCCGCCGCUCCCACACCGACGGCACCGUACCGCUGUCCGACCCGCCCGCCCGGCUCCACGCCGCGGCGCUGUGCGUGACGGAUGUGGCCCCGGAGCUGCGGAGCUGCUGGGAGCUGCCUGGAGCCCCCAGUGCCCUCCGGUGCAAGGCAGACGUGACCGUGUCCUUGGACCCCGUGGAGUGUGCAGCUGCUUGAGACGACACCAGUGGCUUCUUGGUGACAAUAAAACGUGCUUGAGCUGGC